AAGUCCUGUUAGUCGCCUCUGACUGGGUACCAACCCCCUAUUACUCUGCAGGCGCGUGAAGGAGAAGGAAACUCGCUGGGAUCGUGCAGGUGUCCGCUGGAGCCUAGGCUAGAGAAAAAGCAGGACGCCUUGGUUGGAACCUUGCUGCAGGUUUGAAGGUGGGAUUCAUCCUGAACCUAAAGGCUCGGCCCACCUAUCUCCUUGGAGGGAAUACAGCAGAAGACACCAGAAGAAAAGAGGAAUUCACUUGGCUUUUGUAGAGAUUCACAACAAGAAUCACAGAAGCCUAGGAGAGCCUGAAGAUUACUAGGCUGUACCAUUAUUCACACAUCCCCUGACCGUUCUCUUCAAUCAGGUGAAGAAAGACCCUCUUCUUUCUGGCCACAAGGCUCACCCACCUUUAGGCAUGGGUCGGGCCCGGGAAAUGGGUUGGAUGGCAGCCGGACUGAUGAUUGGGGCUGGUGCCUGCUACUGCAUGUACAAACUGACCAUGGGAAGAAGUGAGGGGAACGAGCUGCAGGACGAGGAGGAAGAUGAAUGGGAUGAGGAGCAGGAUCUGGAUGAAGAGGAGGCAGACAUUUGGUUUGAUUUCACAGCAAUGGCUCGACCCUGGAGUGAGGAUGGGAACUGGGAUGAACCUGGGGCCCCAGGUGGGACUGAGGACAGACGGUCAGGUGGUGGAAAGGCAAACAGAGCACACCCAAUCAAGCGGCCAUUCCCUUAUGAACAUAAAAACGUAUGGGGUGAACAGAGCUUUAAAUCCUUCAGUUGCAUUCUUGACCUGACCAAGUGUGCUUCCAGUCAAAGAAAGAAAAUGUCCACGGAGCCCACAAAUGCAGGCUUUCCCCUUAGCCACAAUGUCAGUAAGCUUCUGGCCAGCCUCUCCGUGGUUGGAAACAGGAGUCCCAGCCCCCAGCCCACUGGGAGGGAGAAGGCUUGGUCUGUCCCUGGAAAUCCAAGCUACAGCACCGAAAAUCAGGGCCAGAUUAAGAUGUACCUCGAUGAAGUGUGUCCAGAGACAGUGUUGCACUGCUGCAAGUCAUUUCUGCAGCAGGCAGGAUUAAGUCUGCUAAUAAGCAUGACAGUCAUUAAUAACGUGCUUGCCAAGACCGUUUCAGACCUGAGGGUUCCUUUGAUAUCCGAGGGGAGUGGGUGUGCAGAGGUUCAGGGUUUGGAAGCACUGAUGAGCUUGUCUGAAAAGCCAGUGCUGGCGGGGGAAGCGCUGGCUGCCCAGAUGCUCUUCUCACUCACGUGCCUCUUUAGCAGAAGUGCAAGCAGAGAGAUGCUUGUGGAGGCCAUCUCCCCUUAAGUGGCUGUCUCAGCAGUGUGAAACUGAAGCCACCCAGAGCCCCAGGGCAAAGAGGCUGCAGUGGGUGCCACCAAGGAUGCAGUCUUAGGCAGUCAGCUCCUCCCUGGGUGAGAGUUCCUCCCAAUGUCUAAAUGCAGGGCUCCACUCUUACUGGCCGGGCAGGGCUCCCCCAGAGCUGUGGGCAACUUCUGGGUGUUGUAGUCUGCAGGUAAAGCACACUAUAACUUGCUCCCUUGCAGCCUUCUCCAUGCCAUAAAGGGUAAGGGGAUCCCCGCGGUCACUAGCUGUGGAUAACUGAGAGCAAAUCACAGCAUCCAGAUAAAGGGUAAGGGGAUCCCCGCGGCCACUAGCUGUGGCUAGCUAACAGCAAAUCACAGCAUCAGAGUGAAUGUUGUUGUUGCCCGUGGUGAUCUCCCUGUCUAAGCGGAACCACUUAGCAGAAAUGACACCCACACGAGAGCUUGCGCCCAACACCCUUCUGCUGCUGCUUAGGUUGAAGUAGUCCCCCUCUCCUCUGUCCUACACUAGCUGAUGGAUGGCUAGCAUGUGAAUCAAGAAAUGCACUCCCUUCCUGUCCAUUGUAGUGGCUGACCCUCUUACUCCCCAGACCUUUCCCCUCACCCCCAGUGUGUAUCCUCAAUAAACUGUGUGCUUUGAUUGGCAAGACGAU